ACCAGCUCUCCCAGUUCAGAACGAGACUUACAUCGGUGAAAACGCGCUUUUCCGAGUUCCGUCCUUUGCCACCGCGAUCGAGCUCCGUAAAGUAGAUCGACAUCAAACGGCGCGAAUUUAGUUAGUUCGGAGAUCAACAGAACCAAAAAACUAUCAUUCCUUGCUGGGAGCGAACCGCUGGAAGUGAUUUGCUGCAUUUUACGAUCGCGUAAAUCACGGCAAAGAUGUCCGAAAAUGGAACGAAUAUGAUUUGAGGCCUCUGCACCAAGUGACAGUUCCAUCAAUAAGGAAAAUUCCGAGAGAAAUGAUCCAUGCUUUGUUCCAAAAAAAGUAACGAAAGAUGUAGGAAAAUAAAUUGUGAUGAGACGCGUCAUUUUUAGAGCUACAAAUUGAUUGCGUAGAGAAGAGAAGAUGAUGAAAAUGAAUUUCUCCGCUUAUUUGCGUCUAUAAUUAGUGGAGUAAAGAGUAUCGCGCGGAACUGUGAAUGCCGCAUCGGGUGAAAAGAGCAGCGAAACUAAAAACAUUCUAACUGAGAAUAGGAAGGCAAGCAUCUUGCGAGUGACGAUGAAUCGGCAGAGAUCGUCAGUGCGGAGUCGAGGAUCUUCCUCGACGACCACAAGUGAUCCCCGUGAAAAGGUGAAGGACUGCUGUAGGAAGUUUAUCGCAUUCAUGUGCACCCAAGUCGGCGUUGGAGGGCUUAUCGUGGUGUACGCCUUGGUUGGGGCUGCGAGUUUUAUGUCCAUAGAGACCCAGGAACCGAAUCCAUUGAUCGAGCAUGUGGAAAACCUUCGACGAAACUGUGCCGCUGAGCUGUGGGACGUUACAGAGCAGCAUAAUUUAUUCAAUAGUUCAAUUUGGCAUUUGGAGGCGGAUAUCGUUCUGAAACGGUAUCAGGAUGACUUUGCGGAAGCUAUUCGGAAAGGCUACGAUGGCCGACAUCCGGAGGAAGUGUGGAACUUCCCGGCCGCCCUCAUGUUCUGUUUAGCGGUAUUUACAAUGAUCGGAUACGGAAACAUGGUUCCCAGGACUGCAUGGGGCAAGGGCGCUACUGUAAUAUAUGCUACAUUUGGAAUACCACUGUACAUUCUGUACUUUAUGAACAUGGGAAAAGUGCUAGCAUCUACCUUUAAAUGGUUGUAUACAUGGCUGCAUGAGUGCAGUCACAGUCAAGAUGAUGAUAUGAACAUCGAAGACGGAAGUGGUGUUCCUCAGAAGAAACGAAUCAUAGUUCCAACAACGGCAUGCCUUUGGGUCAUUUCGAUCUACAUCGCCACCGGGACAAUCAUGUUUGCGGAGUGGGAAAAGUGGACCUAUCUGGAUUCGGCCUAUUUCUGUGUAACCAGUUUAUGUAAAAUCGGGAUUGGCGAUCUUGUCCCAGGUGCCAACAUUCUUGACUCUCAGAGUGGAAAACCUACCAAGUUGGUAAUUAAUUUCGUGUACAUGUUGCUGGGAAUGGGCCUUGUGGCCAUGUGUUACAUCCUGAUGCGCGAGGAGGUUCGAAUCAAGAUGCAGGAAAUCAAAGAAGACACCAGACUAUGUUUGGAAGACAUGAGCGCCAAAUUCGCAAAGUGCUUCGGUAGCAGUAAAGAGUCCCAGUACUAUGAUUGAAAUUCCACCAGUAGAUCGAAUAGCAAUGAUAAAACAAAAUGUUAUAUUUAAUUAGAUUGUACAGCUUUCAGCCACUUUUUCCACGCAUCACAUUAUGUUUAAAAUUUUUAAGACAGAGCCAAUAAAGAAAUCGGAAAUAAAUCGCAGGGUGCUUGCAUCUGU